AUGGAGGUGAAGAGGCAGAAGGAGGUCGACCCCAAGAAGCGGCUUCUUCGCAGGGAAACCCUAGAGACAGCAACCCACGAGGAGAAAUCCUCUGCUCCAGUCGGGCUCUCGCAGACGCCGGCGCUUGUCGGCUCUGCCCCCCGAGAGUCUGCUCCCGAAGACGAAGAGGAAGGUGCCAUUGGGGAGGAAGGCGAGGAGAUAGCAAUCGAAGAGAAGCUGGGGAAAAUGCAGAGCGCGGAGGCCGCCCCGGUGCUAUCUCCCACAGCAGCCGCUGCAGCAAAGGCAGCGGCGGCUGGGCUUGUCACUGAUCUCCAGAAGAAGUUGCUUCGAGCGGAGCGAUUUGGGAUGCCGGUGCAACUAUCUGAAGAGGAGAAGCGGAGCUCCAGAGCGGAAAGGUUAGUACUAGCAGCAGAGAAGUAGGGUUUCUUUUAGAUCUCUUAUCUCCCGUCUCUCUCAUCCUGGACUGUGUGUUCUAGGGUUUUGUUUGGGGUUUUUCUUCACCCAAAGAAUCGGUGGGUGUAUUUUCCUACCAGAGACUGUGGUCCCUCAGGAAAGCCGUGUGCCGGAAGCUAUGAUAUUUUCUGCGAAAAAUGCGCGAGGCAGAGGGAAUUCUGUUCAGAGAUUACAAAGGUCGUUUGCCCCCAUUGGUGUUGAAAAUUUGAAUCGGAUAUUGAGGCCUUCAAACUUUUUGUUUAGUCUACGUUCUCGUAGGCAAUUAUUGAAAUCGAUAGUUUUGGAAGGAUUUAUCACGUAGUAAACCCAGUGACAACCAUAUGGUCAACGGCGACGGAACCUUUUUGGGAAAAACCUUUAAUCGAUUGUGUCCAGAGAACAUGACAGAUCCUACCGUAAGCCAGUUCUAUCAAUCAACCGGUGUAAGCUUAUUCAAAGGAGACGUCGAGGUCUUUUAAAGAAAUUUUCCUUGAGCACCCAUGAGGCCAUAAUUUUUGCAUUACACGCUGACCCAUAUUCAUCCAGGCCCAAGUGCAUCAUCGCUAUGGUGCCUUGGCCAAUGCUUACGCAUUGUCCCCCAGAGCUGGUAGGGAAGCUGGGAUUAAGUUUUUGAGAAGAUGAAAAUGUUGACUGAACAAGGAGAAGGUUGAGUAGGUAAGGGGUUGGAAUGGGGGGGGGAGAGAGAGAGAGUGGAGAUAUCACUCAAUUUUUUUAGCAGCAGUGAAGGGGAGACAUUUAUCAAAUGCAUCUACUAACAGAAAAGUAGGGACUGAGGAUGAGAAUGAGUGUGACAGAGUAAGGGCUCAAUCUGGCGACUCUAUCCUGAAUCACUCGGUACUGUUCAGAGUUGGAGAUCCCUGAUGUGGUUAGAAUCUAUGCAAGUGACGGCGAUAAUGUUGAUGAGAAUGAUAGUCAACGAUGAAAAAGAUGGGAGGGCAAAGUAUAAAAUGAUGCGACCUAUCAGAGUGUCAUCAUACAAUUCCCAAAAGUAGAUGAGAGAUAAUACAUUGAAAAUCCAAAUAAGCAUGCCGUAGAUUGCCCUCUAUGUUCCUACUACUAAAGAAAACUACCUGUACAACUUCCAUAGCGACUUAGGCAUGUGGCCGGAGUUAAUAGAGAUGGUUGACAUGAUUUUGUAAAAUUCAGCCCAUAAACAGGAUCUAUAAACGGUAAAGAACAAUAUGUCUCAAGGGAUGAUGUAGAGUCAGCAUACGUGGGGGAUGAGGCUGACUUUUGGUGGAGUUGUGCAGCUCAUGUACUCGAGUUAUUGAUGUCUGCCUUCUUUGAAGACUGACUGCUUUUAGUUACAUUUCGUCAUUUAUCGAAGUGGCAUCAUCUGCCCGAUUUCGAAUAGCUGUCACACUUGAGUAAUAGCUUUCCUUGCGAAUGGAAUCUUCAAUAUCUGACAGCAUAUUCACGUGAGGAUGACUCACGUAAUGAUGCAGCAUUUCAUUUGGGGAUAGGUCAGAUAUGGUUGAAGUGGUCAACACUUGAAGAGUAGUGACACAUCCAGAGGUUAGAGAGAGAGGAUGUAAAUCCCAGCUGGAAGUUAGCCACGUAGGUAUUGACUAUUGCGCUGUCACUCCCCUAAGCCUAUCUUCGUAUUUCUUGUUUUGUGAUUUUUUUUAAUGAAUUAUAUUUAAAAUAAUCAGUUCAGGUACCUUUUACUAAGAUCAAGCGCCCAUUGGCAGGGUCGUGAGGCUAUUUGAUGAUUUUUUUAGUCGUAACAACAGAAAGUGUAGCCCCAGAUUGUGCAGUUGAUUUUUCUAUUCCAUUAGGGCCCAUUCUAUCACCGAGAAUGUCCAGUGACUGAUCAUUAGGCUGCUGUAUAAUGAAUGAUGGUUGAUUAAGUGAAAGGGUGCCCCAUCAGCGUGCUUUAAAGCUGCCCAGAUCACUUAUGUGCUUUGGACGACCAAUUUUUAGCUUAAAAAGGUUCUUUGCUUGAUCAGAGCCGUGCCCCGAAUGCUGCGUAUGGUAAUGUUCUGCAGUGGAAAUCUCAAAUGGAACCCAUCAAAUGAAGUCUCAAAUGAGAUAUUUAAAUCCGUCAUGGUAGUGUGAUUAUGUUAUUAUAUUAGUGAAGAAUAUUCAGAAAAGCUUUGAUGAUAUAUGGAUAAAACAUCAGUCUUUUUGGGAGUCACAAAGUCAAAGUUAUGUGGAAUGCUGUUUUUACAUGAGUGGAGUGAAGGUUGCUGCCUCAAGGGUAUUUUUUGCCAUGUUCUGUAUCCAAGGUUCGGUAAAUGUAUUAAUCAUAAACUGUCAACGAUGCAUGCCCCAAUGAGCAAGUUUCAAUUUCAAGACAGUUAUUUCCUGUUCUUUUUUUUCUCAUUUUUUAUCUGCGUAUGCAUAAGUUUGACACUAAUUUGAGGCCCAUGAAAUCGUCAGAUUUUAAGAAUGGCUGAGAUGCUGAGCGGAAUAACUGUAGCUCAACGGAUUUUUGGGAUAAAAAUGGGGGAAAAUUUUCACCGAUUUAUAAACUGCCAAUUCUAAUUGAAGUUCUGGUCUUCUAAACAACUUGAGUUCUGAAUGUAAAAUGGGAAGCAAUAACACAUUUAUGUGUGUAGGCUGACUCUUCUGUGGUUGAUUUUAAAAAGGAAUGUUACAGCAAUAAGUUCACCUCCUCUAAACCUUCUUACGAGUCUCACAUAUCAUCAGGGCUGGCACAUUGAAAUACAUUGGUAGAAAAGUGGCUGAUUACUCUUGAGGACGGCAUUCAUUAACAAUGCUAUAAUGAAUAAAGUUAAUGAAGGCGGAUUAAUCUAGUUGUUAGUGCUGUCUAAUUCGCCUGCCUUUAUUUCCUUAAAUUGGAUGGCACAUGCAUUGCCCUUGUAGAUCACAGCGUGUUGAUUUUGUGCAAAUAUCAAAUCCAUCGCGUCACUGAAAAAGACAAGAAAGGUCCACUCAAAAACUGGAAUUAAACCAGCUAACCUUGACGUUGGUAUGAGGCAAGCUAGUCGUCGAAAUCUGGUUUCAUCAAAGAUGGAUUUCUUGAUCAAAUAUCCUUGUAGGUCUUAAUUGGAUGAUUUUACCUCGACUAAGUCAAACAUCUUAGUUUUUAUUUACUGUGUAAUUGGUGUUAUCUUCUUAGGGUUACGUUUUUUGCAAACAUUCUUCCAUAAGUAGAAUAGGGUUAGGAAGUUACAACGUUAUAUCCGGAGAAAUACUUUCAUGUGCAAAUUAAUGCAAAUAUUCUUCCAUAGCUAGAUAUAUGAAAACAUAAAAGGGUUAUUAGGUACCGUUUUUUGGGCAGAAUCGAACACAGCUGAGGAUGCGUCUAGGAUGGACAUCCUAUUUGUGUCCAUAUGCUUAUAAUGCGUGCCAUUACUGACGUGUAUGUAUUGAGAAUCCGCAUAUGAGUAAACUGGUGGUUGGGGAUUUAAUUUUGUGCCAUCAUGUAAGGAUUUGGGUUUCCCAUGUUCUGCGGCAGAUCUCAAUGUGCUAAUUGUUCCUGCCUGAGGAACCCAAAAUUCUAAUUAUAUGCAACAUGAUUUCCAUUUCGCGUGAUGAGUCUUCCUCUGUCUGUUGACUUCGCCCUACUUAGUAAUAUAUAUGCAUCAUUAAUCAUGUUUUGGCAUGUGCGGGGAAUCUAGUGAGACCCUCUUCCCUAGCAGAUGGUCCAAGAAAUUACUCUCCUGGUCAAUGAUCGCUGUUGUCAAGUUUUAAUAUGCUUUCUGAUGAAUAAAAUAACCUAUGAUGAUUGGCUUUUCUCAGAUUUUAGUGUUUUAUAUGAUUUAACCAUUAAUCUCGAUUGUUUACAUUAAGGGGAGGAGAUCUUUCUAGAGCUCAUCAAAUUUUUUCAUGACUAAAUGGAAGAAAAAUAUCAAGGAACACAAAUGGUUGAAAAAUGGGAUUUUUUUUUUUGAGAUCUACGUGGUAUCUAACAUUCUUUUGUUUUAAGCAAUAACCCUAUAGGAUCCAAACGAUUUAGUUUCCGCAUCUUGGAAUAGAGAGAGACUAUGGUGCUUUUUGUUUGUGGAUUACUUGCAUAUGUACAGUACCUUAUUUGUAUGAAAUAUUUAUGUCAGUGCGGUCUUUGACAGAAGUUCCUCUUCUAAAAUCCAAGAUUAGUCUUCUUUUUUUUUCAAAUUUGAUUAUUCUUCUGUUUGCGUUCUGCCAAAUCAAGGUUUCAUUUCAUGGGCAGGUUUGGGAUGGGGUCUACCAUACAUGGAAAAUCGGAGGAACUGAAGAGGAAGGCUAGAGCAGAGAGGUUUCCUUCUCAAUCCACUCAGCCUUCAAUUCACUUGCUCAACGAAAUAAAAAAUUAAGCUUAUCCUGGAUUUUUUUGACAGUCAUCCUUUGAUGCGAUAAUGUUGAUAAUUGCCCAUUGUGCUUGGUCAACAAUAAAUGAAUAAAAACCAAGCAUAUGCUUGAUGAGGAAAACAGAAUCAUUAUGUCACUUCUCUAUCAUUUUUCACCCAUUGAACUACCAUAUAUCAUCACAGGUUUGGGGUAGCAGCGCAACCCUCAGGUGAUGAAGAAGAAAAGAAGAAGGCUCGGUUAGCAAGGUUUGGACAGGCUCCCGCUUCAGACACCUUGGAAGAGGAAAAACGGAAGGCGAGGGCAGCCAGGUGGGCACCCAUUCUCAAUCUUUUCAUUAUUUUUCGUCUCUUGAUCCCUGUAAUAUACUGAUGUCUAAUGCCUUUCACCUAGGUUCUCGCAAACCGCUCCCCCUGCUCCAUCCGAAUCAAAUGGGAAGGUCCAUUCAGUACUCCUUUUUACUACAUCCUUUAGUUUAUUCAAAAUAAGAGAGAGAGAGAGAGAGAGAGAGAGAGAGAGAGAGAGAGAGAGAGAGAGAGAGAGAGAGAGAGUUUUCAGUGAAUUAACAUCGAUAUUAUUUUCCAUGUGAUAAACCAGAAGGACACGGCCACUUUGGAGACGAAAUGA